AUGCAGCUCAAAAGCAUCCUCGUAGGCCUCAUUGGUCUGAACGCCAUCAGCGCCAUCGCCCUGCCAGCACCAGAGGCCGCCCCAAACGCCAUCGCCAAUGCCGACGCAGCCCCAGCUCCAGCAGCAGUAUCCGACCCCAACGCCAUCCUCGACAAGCGCGCCGAGCAGGACGGCGACAACUGGGGUCCGCAAGACCUCACUUUCGCCGAUGACGAUUACAACCGUCGCAACCCUAACAGAGGCUUCCCACGGAACCGUAACCGCUUCAACAACCGUUACGAUUACCCCCGUCGCCGCUUCCCUAAUGACAAUGACCGUCGUCGACGCUUUGGAGAGGGGCCGAGGGAUGCUAGGCUUAGGCCUUUUGGACCGGGCGGGAGGUAUUAUCAGAAUGAUGAUCGGUUUGAUGAUUGGAGGUGGUAG